CGCAGGAUCCCGCAGAAGAGUGCCAGCACGGAGGCGACCCACGAGAUCCAUUACAUCCCGUCGGUGCUGCUGGGCUCACAGGGAAGGGAGAGCUUCCGGAACGCGCGCCUGCAGGCCCACGCCUCGGUAAUUGGCAUGCCCAUCCGCGAGACCCCGAUCCUGGACGACUACGACUACGAGGAGGAGGAGAACCCACUGCGGCCUGAGCUCGGCUGCAGGGAUGACGAGUUUGGGGGCCAGACGAUGCAGCCGCUGGACAGCCUGGACCGGAGCGGGGAGAAACCUGACUACGAAAAGAAAGCUGCAGAAGUGACCCAAGAAACUGUGGAGUCCCUCGUGCAGAAGUUCAAGGAGAGCUUCCGGACCAAUACACCCAUCGAGAUCGGGCAGCUGCAGCCGGCACUCCGCAGCUCAUCGGUCGGGAGGCGAAAACGCAGAAACCGGACCAGAGGUGGGAUUGGAUUUGGCCGUGCCAAAGGGAACUCCGGCUCUGAGGCAGACGAUGAAACGCAGCUGACCUUCUACACAGAGCAGUACAGGAGCCGGCGACGUAGCAAAGGUUCUCUAAAGAGUCCCGUGAACAAAACAGCCCUUACGCUCAUUGCCGUGAGCUCCUGCGUCCUGGCCAUGGUGUGCGGCACUCAGCUCUCCUGCCCGCUUACUGUGAAGGUGACGCUCCAUGUUCCCGAGCACUUCAUUGCAGACGGGAGCAGUUUUGUUGUGAGUGAGGGAAGCUUUUUGGACAUCUCAGACUGGCUGAACCCAGCAAAACUCUCCCUCUAUUACCAAAUCAACGCCACGUCUCCCUGGGUGAGGGAUCUCUGUGGACAGAGGACUAUUGAUGCGUGUGAACAGCUGUGUGAUCAGGAGACUGGUGAGUGUAGCUGCCACGAGGGGUAUGCCCCCGACCCUGUUCAUCGGCACCUGUGUGCGCGCAAUGACUGGGGACACAGUGAAGGACCUUGGCCAUACACAACACUCGAAAGGGGCUAUGAUUUGGUUACCGGUGAGCAAGCACCAGAGAAAAUACUUAGGUCCACCUACAGCCUGGGCCAGGGCCUCUGGCUUCCUGUAAGCAAGAGCUUUGUGGUUCCACCAGUGGAGCUGUCCAUCAACCCACUGGCCUCCUGCAAAACUGAUGUCUUGGUGACGGAAGAUCCAGCUGAUAUCAGGGAAGAAGCGAUGUUGUCAACCUACUUCGAAACCAUCAAUGACCUGCUCUCUUCCUUCGGGCCAGUCCGAGACUGCUCACGCAACAACGGCGGCUGCACCCGCAACUUCAAGUGUGUAUCAGACCGUAAGGAGGAUUCAACAGGCUGUGUGUGUCCCGAGAACUUGAGGCCCAUGAAGGAUGGCACUGGCUGCUACGACUAUUCCAAAGGCAUCGACUGCUCGGAUGGCUUCAACGGUGGCUGUGAGCAGCUGUGCCUCCAGCAGACCCUCCCUCUCCCAGCCGACCCAACGUCCAGCACCAUCCACAUGUUCUGCGGGUGCGUGGAGGAGUACAAGCUGGCCGCAGAUGGGAAAUCCUGCCUCAUGUUGUCGGACAUCUGCGAGGGCCCCAAGUGCCUCAAAGCAGACGUGAAAUUCAACGACACCCUCUUUGGGGAGAUGCUGCGUGGCUACAACAACAGGACUCAGCACGUCAACCAAGGGCAGGUCUUCCAGAUGACCUUCAGGGAGAAUAACUUCAUCAAGGACUUCCCCCAGCUGGCCGACGCGCUAAUGGUGAUUCCUUUGCCAGUCGAGGAGCAGUGCCGCGGCGUGCUCUCCGAGCCCCUGCCCAACCUCCAGCUGCUCACCGGUGAUAUCCGGUAUGAUGAAGCGAUGGGCUACCCUGUGGUGCAGCACUGGAGGGUUCGAAGCAACCUGUACAAAGUCAAGCUGAACGCAAUUGCCCUCUCGGCAGAAUUUGCCAAUGUCCUGAAGAUCCUGAACAAAGACAGCAGCCGUGAGGAACUGCUCUACUUCAUCCAGCAGUACGGCUCGCACUACAUCGCGGAAGCCCUCUACGGGUCAGAAUUCAGCUGCACCAUCCGCUUCCCCAGCAAGAAGGCCCAGCAGCAACUGUGGUUCCAGUAUCAGAAAGAAACAACUGAACUCGGCAACAAGAAGGAGCUGAAAUCCAUGCCGUUCAUCACCUACCUCUCAGGCUUGCUGACUGCCCAGAUGCUGUCAGACGAUCAGCUGAUCUCGGGUGUGGAGAUCCGCUGCGAGGAGAAGGGGCGCUGCCCGUCUACCUGCCACCUGUGCCGGCGCCCUGGGAAAGAGCAACUCAGCCCCACGCCGGUGCUCCUAGAAAUCAGCCACGUGGUUCCACUGUACACCUUGAUCCAAGACAAUGAGACGCGGGAGGCUUUCCGGGGUGCCCUCAUGAGCUCUUACUGGUGUGCAGGGAAAGGAGACGUGAUUGACGACUGGUGCCGCUGUGACCUGAGCGCCUUCGAUGAGAACGGACUCCCUAGCUGCAGCCCUCUCCCCCAGCCUGUGUUGCGACUUUCCCCCAAUGUCGAACCUUCUAGCACCGUUGUCUCCCUGGAGUGGCUUGAUGUUCAGCCGGCCAUUGGAACCAAAAUCUCAGACUACAUCCUGCACCACAAGAAGGUCGAUGAGUACACAGACACGGAUCUCUACACAGGAGAAUCCUUGAGCUUUGCUGAUGAUUUGCUCUCUGGCCUUGGAACUGCCUGCGUGGCUGCCGGAAGGAGUCAUGGGGAUGUGCCUGAUUCCAGUCUCUACUCCGUCAUUUUCAAGUGUCUGGAGCCAGAUGGAUUGUACAAGUUCACCCUCUAUGCUGUGGACACACGAGGAAGGCACUCCGAGAUUAGCACAGUCACCUUGAGAACAGCCUGCCCCUUGGUGGAUGACGGCAAGGCAGAGGAGAUAGCUGAUAAGAUCUACAACCUGUACAACGGCUACACCAGCGGGAAGGAGCAGCAGACAGCCUACAACACCUUGAUGGAGGUCUCGACUUCCAUGCUUUUCCGAGUCCAGCAUCACUACAACUCCCACUAUGAGAAGUUUGGAGAUUUCGUGUGGCGCAGUGAGGAUGAGCUUGGCCCCAGGUAAUGUUGGCAAGUCCGUAAUUCUGUUCACUUCCUGAUACCCAUUGGCUCA